AUGUUCUCCAUCCUUCCAGCUGCAUAUGCGUCGGUAGCACUGCUCUUCACUGCGCAGAUAUCAUCAGCCCUCAACUUCACCGUCUCGGGCGGGCAGGUUUUUACCCCGGGACUCGUUGUCCUAGAUGCCCCGCAACCCGGAACACCACUAGGCGGAGAACUCAUUGAGGUCGCCCUGGACGUCUCUACCAACGGCCGUCUCCCCUUGCCUCCAUACCCGGAAGACAGCCCCAGCCUCAUUCACAACAUCACCAUCUUCCUGUACAGCUAUGGCACGGGCCGUAAUUUCACCAUCACCAAUGGCACUGCCUCGGCCAACAACGCCAGCCUGGGCGACAUUUUGUUCCAGGAGCCGGGAAGCACGGUGAAGCACGUCAAAUGGAUGUGGCCCGACUGUCUGGUGGGCAACGGCCAGCCAAGCGAAGCUGGCAGUGAUCGGGGAGCGUAUAACAUCUCGAUCCGCCAGUCCUUCCGCCUCAACGGCCAAGACCACUACACAAUCUUUGACGUGCCAAUUUCCGUGACCAAUAGCAUUGAGGAGAACUCUGACCGGCCGUCGUGCGAUGCGUUGAACAACCCUCUGUUGGCGCCCGAGGAGAUCCGCGCAUCGGCGGAUGAUAUGCCCGCUAUGUUUGCGCCUGGGGAUGCCACUACCCUGCAGACGGCCAGUGGACAGGUGUUGGGUAGCAGCGCGCCAGGUGGAUGGAGACGAGGAGGAAUCUGGGCUUGUACUGCUGCGGCGAUCGUUGCGAUGGUGGCUUGA